GUCUGCGAUCGCUGGGGGAGCUGCUGUUGCACGUGCUGCUGCUGCGAGACGCUUGUCGCUGUCGUGUCGUGCUUCGAUGCUCGGUGGGUCAACUGAUAAGUGUACUUGCUCGAUGCGUAGCUGGUUAUGGGUCCUGGCGAGUGCCCUCUUUCCUUUCUGGAAUUGCGUUGCGACCGCCAGAUACGCUGCCGUGGUUGUCUUGUCCUCUUCAACACACCCUCGCUCUGCUCUCUAUUCUUUUCUGAUAAGCACGGCAGGCAAUUUUCCUCUCGCAUCCCGACAUUCUCUGCAACAUUUAUCAAUCUUUGAAGCUGAGUUCUCACGCCACUGCUCGGAAACUCGUCUCCAUUGCUCAGCAGCAUCGAAGAUCUCUGUCGAUUGUUCACACUCGCUCAAGAUACCAACGCGACAUCUCUGCACUUUCGCUCGUUCCAUCAUACCAGUUCUUACAAGCUCGAACAACAAGAUCCUAAAUUUGGCAACUAACUCUGGACGACGACAUUCCUUUGUUCCAAACUGGCAGACCGGCUAGAAUACCACCGCCCUGGUUCAACCACUCUGACGGAUCCGGCCCGGUUGGAACGGGAGUUCGUUGUUUGUGAACGCAUCUGUUAUCGGCAGCUUGGCCGGCCGACUUCAACAUGAGUACUCCCGUGGAAGAGUUUGAAAAUCCCUUUGGGGAUAACAAACUCAUGACGGAGUCUCCAAAACAGACACCCACCUCAAGUGGCGCUGUGACUGGCAGCAAUGGGGGCACACCCACAGAUCGUCCAGGCCCUUCGAAGGGCAAGAAGAAAGUUGGCUUUUCAGGCAAUACCGAAUCUGGAGGGGAUCGGAGCCAACGAACGAGCUGGGUCGAGACUUCUCCCAGUGGUGCUACAUCUCCCAUUAACAUGAACACUACCUAUGGCGAAUCACCUGACGCAAGCGGGCUAAGUACACCCACGCAUACACACACGAGGAGCAACAGUGGCGAUCAGUUGCUUUCUGGCGUGAGCAAAUCCCACCUACCGGAGCUCUCCCAGCAACAGACUGAGCAGAUCCGAAGCGGGCUUGUACAAAGUCUCAACGUGCCCAGACCCCGUCCGGCACUUCGAAGAGCACGUAGUCCGACAAGAGCAGAUGAUCCGAUCUCCCACAUUGAAGGUCAGUACGAUGAUGAGCAGAGAUCGAAGUUACAGCAAGCCAGUAGGAAAGCCUAUGAAGAAGCCAAACGGCUCGAGACUACUGAGCGCAUGCACUCGGAACCAAACUCUCGACAUGCUUCGCCAGCCAGGCGGAGGAGGAUGUCGAAAAACUCGCCCGAAGAGAUACCUCUUCAGGACUUCAACGAGGACGACGAUAUCUAUUCUGAUGACGAGAGGGAUCUUAACGGCCUCGAGAGACAGCGAAGAGCUGCAGAAGAGGAAGCAUUCAAGCUAGUCCGAAGGCACACCUUUGGACGAGGAAGAUUGCAACAUUCGCACGAAGAGUCUGAGUCUGGUGGUGCCUCUGGAGCUGUAACGCCUGGUAAUGUCACACCUACAGAGGAGCGCGACUAUAUGGAAGACUAUCAACCUCGACCGCCCAAGUACCGUGGUGGAAUUCUCGGCAGCUUGCUGAAGUUGUAUGGCGAAGCAUCUCCCCACGAUGGCCGUCACAUGCGGUCUGCAUCAGGCACUAUACCUAGAGGGCGGGGUCGGCGGUGGAGCGAUGAUUUCAGCCAGAAUACAAGUGCCGCAACAACACCCCAGCAUUCGCCUCCCGAGUCGGGUGCCAGCACUCCCAACCCUGCUAAAUCACAUUGGUAUUCCUCCAGAAGCAGCAAGAAUCAUUCAACUUCGUCAUUAGCUCAGCUCGUUGGGUCUUCGGCAAGCUUUGGCUCGCCCGCUGUUUCUGGUUUUGGCGAGCAAGUGAAUCAGAAGCUGCGAGAGCAUCAAGAACGAAGUAAACGACCAGGUAUUGGCAAGCGCGGUCUUUCCGGAGGUGUCUUCAAUCGAUUGUCCAAGCAGAGACAAGCAGAACAAUUUCGAAUCACGAACCACAUCGCCGAAACGAUCGCGAGACAGAAGUAUUUGAUGAAACUUUGCAAAGCUCUCAUGGAAUAUGGAGCGCCCACACACCGCUUGGAAGAGUACAUGCGCAUGAGUGCUCGGACACUCGAAACCGAUGCGCAAUUUCUCUACAUACCUGGGAGCAUGAUCAUGUCAUUUGAGGAUAGAGAUACUCAUACUAGCGAGGUCAAGUUGGUCAAAGUGCCUCCAGGGUUAGAUCUCGGAAAGCUGCGUGACGUCCAUGAAGUAUACAAGGAAGUGAUUCACGAUAAACUCGGCGUGGAAGAAGCUACCAAAAGACUCAAGGAGAUUACGGGACGCAAGGCCAAGUUCAAUCGUCUGAUUCGGAUUCCUGUCUACGGGCUUGCAGCCGUGUGCGUGGGACCAUUCGCCUUUGGAGCUCGACUCAUCGAUCUGCCAAUCGCUUUCAUUCUUGGAAGCAUACUUGGGAUCCUCCAGCUCUACGUUGCACCGCAAUCGGAACUGUACGCCAAUGUCUUCGAGAUCACCGCAGCGGUCGUUACGUCCUUCCUCGCCCGCGCAUUUGGAAGCAUCAACGGCGGUGACCUCUUCUGCUUCUCAGCCUUGGCUCAAUCAUCAAUCGCAUUAAUCCUUCCAGGAUACACAGUCCUCUGCGCCUCCCUCGAGCUCCAGUCUCGUUCAAUCGUAGCAGGUAGUGUCCGCAUGGUCUACGCAAUCAUCUAUUCCCUCUUCCUCGGCUUUGGCAUCACAGUCGGUACGGCAAUUUACGGCAUGAUAGACAAGAACGCGACCUCGGAAACCGAAUGUCGCAAGCCCAUCGAGGAACACUGGUUCUUCUUCUUCGUCCCCGGCUUCACAAUGUGUCUCAUCAUCAUCAAUCAAGCCAAAUGGAAACAGGCCCCGAUGAUGAUGAUCAUAGCAUUCACUGGCUACGUCGUCAACUUCUUCUCAUCCAAACGUUUCGCAGGAAAUACCCAAGUCUCCAAUACCCUUGGCGCUCUGGCCAUUGGCGUUAUGGCGAAUCUGUACAGUCGCAUCGGCGGCCGAGUAGAGAACAUGGCACUGGAUCUCUGGGAACACCAACUCCGUCCACGCUACAAAGCUGUACGAAAACGUGUCUUUCGUCUCGAAUCCCGGAAGAGACAUCCUAAGACGAUGGAGGAAGGUUCUUAUCAUGAACGUAAGAGCAGCGCCGAUGCGGAAUCGUUCUUUCAAGCUGCGCCGAGAAGACUCGGAUACUCCCUCGCUGCUGCGGCCAUGUUGCCUGCGAUUUUCGUGCAGGUUCCUUCGGGGCUUGCGGUGAAUGGUUCGUUGGUUAGUGGAAUUGCGAGUGCGAAUCAGAUUACGGGGAAUGCGACGAACGGGACGCAGGUAGUCAGUUCGGGGGCAAUUGCUUCGACGAGUUUGCAGGGGUUGAAUUCGAUUGCUUUUACAGUGGGAUACUCGGUGAUCCAGGUGGCGAUCGGGAUCACAGUGGGUUUGUUCUUGAGUGCCAUUGUGGUGUAUCCGCUUGGCAAGAGGAGGAGUGGGUUGUUCAGCUUCUAGUCUUCUCUGAUGAAGACGUGGCUGCUUUGGGAGGUAUGUAUAGGAGGUCAUGGGUCUUGGUGUUCAUUGGGUUGGGUAAGUACUUGUGAAUUGGGACAUGGCAGGAGCGGAGGCAUUGGGUCGGAUUGAUUGGGAGCGUUCGGGCGUGGAAUCGGAGAUACCCAGAUAGAUCGUUGUUUCACUUGUAAGAUAGAUGAGGCCGUAAUGUGUACAAUAUUCGCAAAGCUGCUUUCGGUCUCUGUGCUGGUCAAUUCUUGCUUGUUCGCGCGCUCUUUCCUUGCUGGUCACGGUCUUGCCUCAAGCGUCCUCGCUCUUACUGUGCAAUGCUGAAGACUCUGUCACCGCAGUGCCCAAUGCUCAACGGCUCUGUAGUCGGGGAGGCUGGUGUAGUCUUCUUCCGAU